UUUUCGCCGCUAGGGGCGACAUUGUGCCACACAGGCUGCUAAUACCCGGAAGUUGUGACAGCGUGCUCCCCAACACCACCACAACAAUGAGAGCUAUUAUUCAAAGGGUCACCAAGGCGAGCGUCACAGUGGGAGAGGACCAGGUCAGCUCGAUAGGACGUGGACUAUGUGUGCUGCUGGGGAUAUCUGUGGAGGACACACAAAGAGAUGCUGACUACAUGGUCCGCAAGAUCCUGAACCUGCGACUGUUUGAGGACGAGAACGGGCGAGCAUGGAGCAGAAGUGUCAUGGACAGGGACUUUGAGGUGCUGUGUGUGAGCCAGUUCACCCUGCAGUGUAUCCUGAAGGGCAACAAGCCUGACUUCCACUCAGCCAUGCCUGCAGAGUUGGCCCAGUCCUUCUAUGACAGCAUCCUGGAGAAUAUGAAGAGUUCCUACAAGCCAGAGCUCAUUAAGGAUGGGGCGUUUGGAGCCUUCAUGCAGGUCCACAUUCAAAAUGAUGGACCUGUAACUAUUGAGCUGACAUCACCGACUGGUCCCACAGACCCAAAACAGCUUUCAAAGCAGGAGAAGCAGCAGCAGAGGAAAGAGAAGACGCGCUCCAAGGGCUCCGCAGAGUCGGGCCGGGAUAGGGGCGGCCCUCGCUCCAGACAGGACCCCAACGCCAGCAGUGGAGCAGAAGGGGAUGUGUCGUCAGAGAGGGAGCCAUAGACCAGGACAAUGUCAAACUGGGGACGUGACAGUGUGUCCAGCUCGCUCAGGAAGGACUCUCAGCACCUGAUUUGGACUGACCGCUUUCCUGUUUGCAGAUCAGCAGCAGCCAUUGCUCCCGCUUCGUUGGCGGCCUCUCUCCUCCAGAAUCAAAUCAAACCAGCAGGACCGCCAGCCUCAGGACAGACUCCAGAUUUCUCAGAUUCAUAAAGAGAAAUUGAAAAAUGGGAUGGAAAUCAACCUUAAAAGCACAAGCUUUACAUUCUCUUUCUUUUUUCCUGCUGCCUUCAUUUUCAUGUGUGUAGUUAGCUUAAAGCCUUUGUAGUGCAUGAAUAAGAACAUCAGAGCUGUGAUAGUAAAAAGGUGACACCACCUCCUGCCUGGUACACCCUCUAAAUUAAUUUGCUCUGUAACCAAAAAGGCUCAGUUUCUGUUCUCUAGGUAGACGGCAGCUUUAAAAAUAACCCAUUAGCUCAGUAGCUAAAAUCAGUAGCCAAUAAUAGCAUUACUUUAAAAGCUAAAUGGUUGUAUAGCUUUUGGUUUGCUGUCAAUCAAAACACUGGGCCACGCGGUUAGAAGCUUAGAGGCUAAAAAGAAGUGAUAAGUGAUGCUUUAAAAUAAAGUAAACCCAGAAACUUCUACUUUUUAGGGUUAAAACCAUUUUCUAGGCCAACUCUAGCUUUCCUUUCUCCUCCGUUCUCCUUCCUGUGACAGAAGAGAAAUCAAUUUCAGGAAAUGCACCUGGAGGAGAGAGGAGGCUGCAGGAGGAAAUGCGAGCGAGGAUGCACUGGUGGAUCCUUCGUAUAAGACUUUUUGGGAUUUGUGACACAUAAAGGAUGCCACGCCUCGUUUCAGAAUGACAGCUCAGUUGGAAAAGAACUCUAAAUUUUUGCUUUUUGUCUCCAAUACUGUCCUGAUGUCACUUGAUGCAUCUGAAUGUACAUUUUGUGGUAAUUUUAUAAAGAUGUCAGCAGAAAAAAGAGCUGCUGUGUUUCUGUGUUUUUCCACCGUCUGGGUUCUGUGUGAUGUAAAAACAGAAUGUUUGUCCUUAUUUCUCCUUUCAGCAUCAGCACCUGGCCAUUCUGUACUGGCCCAACAUUAGCUUUUUUUUUUUUUUUUUUUAGAUCAAACAAGCUAUUCCUGGCCAAUUGUACCCCACCCCCACCCCUUUUCCUUUUUCCCCACUCCAUCCACUGCUGCUGAGCUGAGGUUUCUCCAGGCUGAGGUAGAGAGGGGCAGGGGGGAGAGAAAGACGAGCUGCCUGGACUCGGAAGCUUUUGGAGCAAGAAGACGUGACCCAGAUAUGUCUGCUAGCCAGGUAUCCUCAGCUUCAAAUUGGGCUUAGAGCUGCAGCUUUCCUCUGCAGCAACUGCAUUGUGAUUCCAGUGCCAGGCAAGCAGGGAGGAGGACGGAGGCUGUGGGGGCCUUGGGUUAUUGAUGCAGCGUACCAAACAUCUCGGAGGGCUGCGAUCAAUCAGGGAGAGUGGAGCGGUGCUGAUGUUCCAGGGUUUGAGUCACCUCUGUGUUUUAAACCAACAUGGCAGCUUUGUGUGUCUGAGCGGACAUCCUGAGCUGCCGGGCAGGGCAGUGUGAGCCGACAUGGGAAAGUGGGUUAAAUUCCAGACAUUCUCUUACAUCUCAGGCCACACUGUUUCUGGUUUGUCUUUUCUACGACUUAUCUUACAUCUCAUGUGUGUGAGAGGCCUCUGCCAAGCCCGCUGGCAAUGGAAAAACAAUUUAACUGGAUUUAAUUUGUUUCCCCCCUCCUCCUUGCUUUUCCCUCCUUUUCUUUUUCUUUGUGUGCAUCUGGGAGGUUGGGAAUUCAUCUUGUUUAGUAACUUCAUGACUGGCCUGUGCUGGCUUUGCAAGUCAGGCCAGGUUUCAUGGCAGAUUCGAGGCCUCUCAUCAGCAUUGGGGCUGUUGCUGGACUUUGAUCUGCAUAUGUUCAAUAAAACAAGCUCUAUCUUAUCAAGACAAAUUUGUCAAGCCUCAAAAACUCAAAUCAGAUUUUUCAAAACCUCCUGGACAGCCCUGUGCUGCUUUGGCUUUCUGCAUUUUUGUGUUUAACCUCAUCACUUGUAGCUCCCAGCUCUGAAGGGUUAAUAAAGAACAAUGCAGCUAGUUGCCUAGAGCUCUGACCACUUUUUCCAUUCUUGCUGGAAAGUUUCCAGUUCUAUUUAUAUGAAACCUCAGGCUUAACAAUCAAGAGACCCUCUUGGCCAGGAGGAAGUCUUAUUUAUUAUUCUGAAGUUCUGUUUCACUCAAAUCAUUGCAGAGAAGCCUCAUAAAUGGCAGAAACGCACUGGAAACUAAUCCAGAUCUGCUUUGUGGACACAUUUGCAGUAAAGCAAGUAAACAAGGAGGCACCGGUGUUGUGUAACCAGAGAAAAAGCUGCAGCACAUGUAAUCUCUGCGGGGCUGAUGAAUGACUGGCUUUGGUGAAAGUUCCGGCGCUUGUUUGAGACCAGAUGUCUGAAAUGAAACAGAAGCUGUCUCAUUUGUUCUCAGAGGGAAUGGCAACCUCUUCUAGGUGAGAGAUCAUUAACAACAAGUACUUUUCUAGGGAGACAUCACUGUCAUGUCUGUCUCCUGUUUGACAGGUUUUAUUUGAGUUGGUGGUGUUUUACUGAGUGAUACACAAUGUAGUUUCAGCAUCUAUCAAAACCCAAAGGAGGAGAAUCGAAGGAGCACAGAAUUAAUCCACCAAAAAAAAAAAACUGAUCUUUGUUUCUCUUUAGGAUUUCUCACAGGUUUUUUGCAUUCAUGUUUUUUUUCUGUUCAAGGAAUCCAAAUAAGGAAUUUACACACCUGUUCUGAAAAACAGCCAUAACAAAACACAGCAAAACAAUCUGCAUAAAUCCAAAACUAAUCCUAAAAAUAAAGGCCGUAGCUAUCAAACAAGUACAUGAAACCGAGCUUCUUGGUGGUAUUAUAGAUAACAAAACUAACUUGGAACAAACACAUUGAUAACAUUACUGGGGAAAUGGGAAGAGUGAUCACUACAUCUUUUUACCAACAAAUGCAAUGAAGGAAAUAAUCCAAUCUCUGCUUUUCCAACCUGAGUUACUGUUAUCAGGUCCAGUGCAUCAAAGGGAACACUCAAGAAGCUUCAAAAAACAAAACCAUAACACUUAAAUGUAAUGACAAGGCAAAUGUUAUCACUGCACAAUAUUGGUUAAAGACAGGUUAUUAUACACACAGUUUCUAUCAAGAAUAUCUCAGUAAGAAAAAGACCUGUAAUGUUUCACCAAAAGCUCAACUUCAGUAUAAAUAUUCAUGGUUACACCACCAUGAGGAAUGAAGAUAAUUUUAUCUAAAGCCAAAACAAAUGCAGUCAAAGAGACAGUUUUCUUAUGGAGGAAUGUAAGAGUGGAGGCAUUUACCAAAUUACAUAUCAAAAAUAAAAAUAAUUUAGUUUAAAAUGACACUGGCAGCAUUUAUUAAAGCAGAGAAUCUAGUUAUAAAAUUAUAUGUGUGUGUGUAUGAGGAUGUGUAGGGAUAUGAGUAUUCAUGCACGUAUAUAUUCGUGUGUAUGUGUAUAAAGUGCGUGUGUAUAUAUGUCUAGGUGUAUGUUUAUGUAUGUGUAUAUAUAAAUGUACAUAUAUAUGUUUAAAUUUAGACAUGGACUAUAUUGUUACAUGUAUACAU